AUGGGUCUCGCCGACGAACGCGCCGUGGACAAGUCUGAGGCAUCGGAGGCAUCAGAUGACAGCAGCACCAUCUCAGCCAGACCAUGCAAGGCCACUUCUCUCGGAAAGAGAGCCGAAACGGCUGAAGUAAGCAACAAAAGUGACACUGCGGCGGGCAACGCCCAAAAGGACGGAGAGACCAGUUCGAGAUGGGGAUCGGACCAUCAGCACAACCCCGGCUACCCUGAUGGCGCGGAAGAUCUCCUUGCCUUCGUGCGGACACUGCUAUUGCAAAACCUCACACACGCUCGCAAUGUCCAACACAAGGUUGUGCAGAUUCAGAUUGCAAUCGCGAGAGAGAACGCGAGGAUGCUGAGUCACGAGAACCUCCUAGUGGAGUUGGCCCUAGCCUGGGGUGAACACAUGCAGUCGACGACGACGGAUGGACGGCCGCUGACGGAGGCCCAGCAACGUCUACGCAUUGAGGAGGCUGACCCGCUUCUCUACAAGCAGACAUCCAGCCGGAUACAAGAACUACGGGCUGCGUCGGAUUCGCUCAUGCUCGCGACCCAUGACGAUGAGCAGUACAGCGAUAUUUUGAACGACAUUGCCUCCCUAUUGGUGAACUUUUUGGCUCCUGCUGUCAGAGAUGCAGAUUGCGGCGAGAGUUGA